UGCAAUUCGCCACACACACACACACACACUCUCUCUCUCUCUCUCUCUGCGCUUCAUCAAUGGCGAAAGGGCGAUCUUCUUCUUCUUCUCUGUUCUUCUCUUCCCUCUUGGCCCCUAGAGGCGACACCCUUCUCUAUCUCAUCGCUCUCCUCUCCAUUUUCUCUCUUUUCCUUCACCAUAUCUCCCUCUCCGCCACCGCCGAUUCCCAUUUCGAAGGAUUCGACGCCGAUGACGAAGUUGAACUCGACGACGACUCCCUUCUUCUUCAAUCAUCCCUCUCUGAUCUCCCUCGCCGUUCUCCUCCUCCGCCCACCACCUUGUCCACCCCAUCUGAUCCCGAAUCCCAUCAUGGCCCACCCUCCUCCGCCUCAUCCCGUCCGGCUGAUUCCGAUCUUGCUACAAAACCGUCAACUGCAUCCUCGUCGUUUGAUUUUUGGGAUGAAGAUGAAUUUGAAGGCUUCCCUGCUGAAAUCACACCCCCUGAAGUCUCCAAGAUUACUGAACCUGCCUCGCCGGAUGGUUCUGAAUCGGCCGCUACGGAUGAUACUGAGAAGGUUGCGAAACCGACUUCGGCAGCGAAGAGUAUUAGAUCGUAUACUAUUGAGAUAACCUGUAUAUCAAUCUUAAUCACAUACGCAAUCAAUUUUUUUACUGGGAAAAAAGAGAAUGAAACCCUAGCCCUAGCUUGGGCGGCUAAAUUCGCUACUAAUGACUCGAUUUUCGAGAAGAAUUUUAGUUUGUUGGGUGUGGGAGAAGGUGAGGAUUCGCCAUUGCUAUUGAAAGAAGGUCAAAACGUGUUCAAGUUUUACGCGAGUGGGCGUAGGUUCUGUCAAGGGUUGUUGGCUACAAUGGAGCUCAAGAGCCGCCAUGAUUUGAUAGCAAGGUUGUAUAAUAUGAUUGUGCCUUGUAAAGAUGAGAUUACAUUAGAAGUUUACAUGAAUGAAGAUGUGAUGGAUCAUGUGGUUUUUGCUUUGGCCAAGAAGAAGACUGCAAAGACCAUGCAGAAGGAAGUGAAGGAUCUUCAGAGGUUUGCCAAUCUGAUGCCUGCACCCACCAAUAGGAAGUGGGUUGCUGAUGAAUUGGCUGUUGUUACAGAAUCUAAGGAGGUCGCCGGAGACUUGAUCACUGAGGCUGUUCUUGAUCAGGUAUUUGGUGAAAAAGCAUUUGAGAAAUUUGGGAAGGGAUUCAUAUCAAUGCAUUUCUCUGAUCAGAUGCAAAGUACCCACAGGAAGAUGUUGGUGUUUAAGUUUUCUCUUCCUGGUGCCGACCACAUGGCGGACAUGACACGACUCGUGGCUCUAAUCCCCUAUUACAUCGACUUAAUUGGCCGUUACAAACUCAGCUCACAGGCUCGAUCCAAACCAGAAGCAGCGAGAGCAAAACUUGCACAAGAAGUUUACAAGGAGCUUCAAUAUGCGAGACAAGAAGCCAUCCAGAGGAAGAAGGCAGAGAAGAAGAGGAUGAUGGAGGAGGCGGAGUCAAAGCUGAAUGCGGAGUCUUUACGCAAGAGAGAGGCAAAAGAACGUGCUCGACAGCUGAAGAAAGCGAUGCCGAAAAUCAAGAUGUCGCGUGGUGCUUAAGAGACCAACCCGUUAGCUCUCUGUCCUUGGCCUUUUCUUUUCAGUUUGAAUCAUGUUUCUUUUAACACUCUUAUGAUAGAAACUUAGAGCUAUGUACUUUAGUGGUUGGGUUGGGUUGGGUUGGGUUGGGUGUAGGGAAUUUGUAUUGUUCUACAUGUACCCCUAGUUUAUGUAUGUGUUGAAUGAAAUCCAUAUUGGUUUAAGGAAAAAGUAUUCUAAGAAUACAAAAAGGAUUUCAUAUCCAUUUUAUUUUCUA